ACGACAAAAAUAGAACAGGGAAGAAAAUCAUGCACCGUGCUGAGAUGUUUUCAUGAGGAAUGUUGACUCGAGUUCGAGGGAUGCUACCAAUUAAAAAGAUGAGGAACGCACUUGUGACAGUAGCUGCAGUUGCAGCAUUGAUAAUAAUUGGCUUUGGAAAGUUUUCAAGCUCCAAUGAAGUGACGAGGUCAAUUAAGGAGUUAGGGGCUGACACGUACCAGAUUAUUGAGGAGUUGAAGCAGAGAGUGGCAGCACUGGAGAAAGAAAAGAAAACAUUUCCAGAAGUUAAGUUCCUGACAUACAAAGACAGGAAAAGAAUCCUGAUAACGGGAGGAGCUGGAUUUGUUGGGUCUCACCUUGUUGACAAGUUGAUGCUGGAAGGUCACGAGGUCACUGUAGUGGACAAUUUCUUUACUGGUCGGAAACGUAACGUGGAACAUUGGAUCGGCCACGAGAACUUUGAACUCAUCAACCACGACAUUGUAAACCCACUCUUUAUAGAAGUGGAUCAGAUCUACCACCUAGCUUCCCCUGCUUCUCCACCGAACUACAUGUACAACCCAGUCAAAACCAUCAAAACCAACACCAUUGGCACCAUCCACAUGUUAGGAUUAGCCAAGCGUGUACGAGGUCGUCUGCUGCUGGCAUCUACGUCAGAGGUCUAUGGAGACCCAGAGGUUCACCCUCAGCCUGAAGAGUACUGGGGCCAUGUUAAUCCUAUAGGCCCGCGAGCUUGUUACGACGAAGGCAAGCGUGUAGCCGAGACAAUGUGUUAUGCCUAUGCCAAGCAGGACCAUGUACAAGUGCGAGUGGCAAGGAUUUUUAACACAUUUGGUCCCAGGAUGCACAUGAAUGAUGGACGCGUUGUCAGUAACUUUAUCCUGCAGGCACUGCAGGGAGAACCAAUGACAGUGUAUGGUGAUGGGAACCAGACAAGAUCGUUCCAGUAUGUGUCUGACCUAGUCAACGGUCUCGUUAAGUUGAUGAAUGCCAAUUAUUCUCUACCUGUGAACCUCGGUAACCCAGAUGAGCACACCAUCCUUGACUUCGCUAACAUUAUAAAAAAUCUUAUAGGAGGAGAAAGUAAAAUUGUACACAAGCCAAUCAUGCAAGACGAUCCAAAAAAACGCAAACCAGACAUUACGAAGGCACGAGACUACCUCAACUGGAAACCUCAGGUCCCUAUGAUGACUGGAAUUAAAAAGACAAUUGAAUACUUUAGAAAUGAGUUGCAGAGAUCACGACACAGUGAAAGAAAUUUCCAUUUCCCAACUGAAGACAAAAUAAAAGGAAGGAAGCGAGAGAUGGAUAUCAAUGAUUAGUUAUUAAGAGUGCUUAAUUAACAAUUAAUUAAUAAUCUAAGAUGAGAUGAUCUGGGUGGUGCAAGUCCUGAAGAAUUCCGUUUAAACUAUCAGAAAUUGAUCCAUUGCAGUGCCUGGAUCUCCUCCUAAAUGUCUUAAAAUAUUGAAAUAAUUUGUUAUUGUCUUUUGAUGGAAAUUUGAACGCCAUAGAUUUUCUCUGAUUAUCUUAAACAAUUAAAUAA